UCGCCAGCAGCCUCCUUUCUUCUCCUUCUCCUUCUUCCCCCGCCUUUCUCUUGGAUGCCUCGUCGCGGGAGAGUGACGUAGAGCCCCUGGGCCGGUCGUUGCCGUGCAGGUGGGCUGCGCGACCCACGUGAGGCGUCGCGGAGACGCUGCCGGCCGCCCGUGCGGAGUGGGACGUGGGAGGCGAGACCGAGGGGGGAAGGGCCCUCUCUCUGCGGCCGGGAUGUGCCGAACGACAAAGCUGACCUUGAGGAUCACAAUGCAGCAGAAAAAUGAGAGAGCAUAGAAGAAGCUUACAGCGGAGAAGUUGGUUGCUGUCUUGUUGCCGAAAAUGGAUAGUGGGGUUUUGGGGGCUGAGGCGGUACUGCUUCCAAAGGAAGCAUCUUCCUCUGCUUAAAAGGAAGAGGCCCGGCUCUUGGACGUUGGGCCGCUGGAGGCGAACGAAACCGUGCAGGACGAAGGAGUUUGCGCGGAAGUUGGCUCCGGAAGGUUUCCUAAAUGCCGAAACCGGGCCGAGUGUACAUGGCGAAAACGGUACCUCCCUGGAGGCAGUGUGCAGGAGUUCUUUUCCUUGGUGCAAAGCUGGAGACCCAAUUACCGUCGCAGAGAGUCUAGGCUGUAAGCCCUUUCUCAGAAAACUUCUCCUGAACGAACUGAGCGGUCGGCUAACGGACUCACAGAUUUGUCAAGGCAAGCAAUACUGCCCCGAGGUCAGCAGCGCAGCCGUAACGGACGGCCACCUUGCUGACGGCGCAGCGGAGAGCAAUAACGGUGCACGCGAUGCAGUUGUCGUUCUAAAUAACUCGAAGAGGCGGCGCUGCGGCCGAGGGCUGAAGCGGAAUAGAACUUGCGGCCUCUUGACUCCUAGAGGAAGGCCUACCUUUAAGCCGUGUACUUUAAAAAGCAGAUCUCUAUUUAUGAUGUAUAAGAAACUUUCUAUGGUCAAGUUUCGGAUUGGAGUUAUAAAACGUCGUUCUAAGUUUUGGCGAGGCAAAGGUUGCAAGUCGAGUAAGAACAGGCUCAGCUGGGCGGAUAAAGUCACCAGAGAUCGACAAGAGGACUUCCACCAAAAAACCUUCACGGGGGGAUCCUGUUCCUUGUUUCCCUCUUGGAGGUUGAAAAACCCCUCCCCCUGGAACGUGCCCAGUUGGUCAGAUAUGAACAAUCACAUGCCAGGACCAUUAGUCGAGGAGAGUCGCACACAUCCGCCGGAGACGCCCCUCGCGCGGGGGGCACCGUCGCAAUGCGGCGAGGUCCGUUAUAAGGAGCUUGCCGCCAGAGACCAAAAUGGCAUUACCGAGAUCUGCGUGCCUCCGUUGCAUAGAGUGGCCUGUUGUGGGGUGGAGGCUGCAGCGCACAAGGAGGAGGUGGGGGAGGCCCCCACGUUAGAUGGUUGCCCUGGUGACAUUUUCAUCUCCAUGACGGAGAAAGAGAUCUCCGUUUCGGGUCAGGAGGAUGGCGAUUUGAAUUCGGUGAUGGGUGCUGACGAGAUCGUUCUGGAGCCCUCCAAGGCGGAUUCGGGGACGCCGGACAGUUUUGCUAACGGGCCCGUUUCUGUGGAGCCGGUUCAGAACGAGGACACUAGUAGCCAGAUGGAAGUAGAAGGGCCCGUAGGGACGGACCAACGUGGCUCAGAGCUGUCAGAUCACCUGUACUGUAAAAGCCCUCUCGAAGAACCCCGGAGAGAAAGCACAGGACGAAAAUCAGGGACCCAAAAGGGUGGCAAGAGAAGCAGCCAGAGGGCUUCUUGCGUCAGCGACGAGCAAUUGGCGGUGUGGCUCUGUGGAUUCCUAGAUGAAGUGAUGAAGAAAUACGGCAGCUUAUUUCCGCUUUUCGAAAAGGACGUCAUGGGAAGAUUAAAGGAAGUCUUCAACGAAGAUUUCACCCACAGAAAGCAAUUCAUCAGCAAGGAAACCAUGAACUAUAAAACGAGGCAUCCCAAAUCUUCCACUUGCAGUUUCCGGGUCUUCUAUAAUAAGCACAUGCUAGAUAUGGACGAUCUGACAACUCUGGAAGGUCAGAACUGGCUCAAUGACCAGAUCAUCAACAUGUACGGCGAGCUAAUAAUGGACGCCGUUCCUGAAAAAGUUCAUUUCUUCAACAGCUUUUUUCAUAGACAGCUGGUAACCAAAGGAUAUAACGGGGUUAAACGAUGGACUAAAAAGGUGGACCUCUUCAAAAAGACCCUCCUGUUAAUCCCCAUUCAUCUUGAAGUCCACUGGUCCCUCAUUACUGUGAAUCUCCCUAACCGAAUUAUUUCGUUUUAUGACUCUCAAGGCAUUCAUUUUAAGUUCUGCGUAGAGAACAUUCGGAAAUACUUGCUGACAGAAGCUAAAGAGAAGAAUCAGCCUGAGUUUCUUCAGGGUUGGCAGACUGCUGUUACAAAGUGCAUUCCACAACAGAAGAAUGAUAGUGACUGCGGAGUUUUUGUCCUCCAGUACUGCAAGUGCCUCGCCUUAGACCAGCCUUUUCAGUUCUCCCAGGAAGACAUGCCUCGAGUGCGGAAAAGGAUAUACAAGGAGCUCUGCGAAUGCCGGCUAAUAGACUGAACUAACGGGGAAGGAAAAGAGAAGUGAAAGUGGCAAACCUACAGCGACGAAACACCACGACUCCUUUGGCAUUUCGUAGAGCCCCAGCUGAUACUUGUGUACUUGAAUUUUUUUUUUUUUGCAAAAACUUCCAUUUCAAGCGCGUCUUGGGCUGAACGGUGUGGCCAACGUAAUUACCUCAGACUUCUUUUUUUGUUUGUUUUCUGACAUUCUCCUUAACUGGCAAAGCCCUGCCACAAGAUAUUCCCAGUGUCAGUUUAGUUCUUUUUUCCCCCCUAACGUUCCUUCCUGUAUUUAAUAUUUAUUAUCUAACGCAUGCGCAUAGGCAAAGCAUGCGACUAAAAAGAGAAAAAAAUAUAAACUGUAGAAUUGGUGCACCUUUGAAGCGUAGCUAGAGAUGACCAGAAUAAUGCAGGUUAAAACUUUUUUUGUCUGAACAUAAAAAUGUGCAUGAUCCAUUUUUUUCUGAGGCAAUAAUAAUGCUUUGAAUGUACAA